AUUCGAAGUCAGUGCUGAACACUAAACACCUCACGACUCGAAACCUGCUCUGAGAGGAAAAGCACACUGACCUUCAUCCGCACACGAAAUGCUACUGCGGGGAAAUACAAACUUUUCUGUUGCUAUUUUCACAGAGAGUGAAUAGGCUUUUCCUGCCUGGGAAUAUAAACUUGUAAACUUUUAAGAACUUUUCUCUGUAGUUUCGUUGCAUAGGUUUCGGGAGUAUCAUGCCGGAGCGUAUCAGCAUUUCUGAUUUUCUUAAUCUGACAAACGAAGAUUUGACAUCAACGGGAGCAUCCCCUUUUCAGUGUAAAAUAAGCGACUGCCGGAUUACGGUGUCUGCACUCGAGGAGUCACUAGAGAUGGAUCAGAGCAGCCUGCGCCGGAUGAGGAAGAUGGUGAAGGCCGUGCACACAUCUGGACUCACCCACAUGGAGGCCAAGGAGCAGUACAUCCAGGUUCUGGAGAACCUGGGAAACAGUCACCUGACCCAGGAGAACAACGAGGUCUCCACUGGCUUCCUCAACCUGGCGGUGUUUACCAGAGAGGUCACUGCCCUGCUCAAAAACCUGGUCCAAAACCUGGACAACAUCCUGACCUUUCCUCUGGAGAACAUCCUGAAGAGUGACCUUAGGGACAGCAGGCAGGAGCUGAAGAAACACAUGGAGAAGAGCUGGAAAGAUUAUGAGAUGAAACUAAGUAAACUGGAGAAGGAAAGGAGAGAGAAAGGCCGGCAGCAGGGCCUCAUCCGGAUGGAGGGAGGAGACGGAGGAGAGGACAAAGAGAGAGAGAGGAGAGCCUUCCAACUGCAGAUGUGCGAGUACCUGUUGAAGAGCCAGGAGUUGAAGGUCCGUCAGGGUCCAGACCUCCUGCAAAGUCUGAUAAAGUACUUUCAAGCUCAGCUGAAUUUCUUCCAGGAUGGACUUAAAGCUGCAGAGAAUCUCACUCCCUUUGUGGAAAAGCUGUCUGCUUCUAUCCACACGGUGCGUCAGAACCAGGAUCAGGAGGUGCGUAAGCUGUGUCAGCUCAGAGACUCUCUCAGACUGCUGCUGCAGGUGGAGGGCAAAGAGGAGAACCUCAGCAGACAUAACUCUGGGAGUGGCUACAGCAUCCACCAGCAGCAGGGAAACAAGAAGUACGGCACAGAGAAGUCUGGCUUCCUGCUCAAGAAGAGCGAUGGCAUCAGGAAGGUGUGGCAGAGAAGGAAGUGCGGCGUGAAGUACGGCUGUCUGACCAUCUCACACAGCACGAUCAACCGACCACCAGCCAAGCUCAACCUCCUGACCUGUCAGGUGCGGCCCAAUCCUGAGGAGAGGAGGACCUUUGACCUGGUGACACAUAAUCGAACGUACCACUUCCAGGCAGAGGAUGAGCAGGAAUGUAUGAUCUGGGUGUCCGUGCUGCAGAAUAGUAAGGAGGAGGCUCUGAGCGCAGCGCUGGGAGGAGAGCAGGGCCAGGACAGCCUCCAGGAGCUGUCACGCUCUGUCAUCACUCAGCUGCCAAGCCUGCCCGGCAACCAGGCCUGCGCCGACUGUGGAGCCCCUGGGCCCACCUGGCUGUCCACCAACCUGGGCAUCCUCACCUGCAUCGAGUGCUCGGGGAUCCACAGAGAGCUGGGGGUGCACUACUCCAGGAUCCAGUCUCUCAGCCUGGACCUGCUCUGCACCGCAGAACUACUGCUUGCAGUCAGUAUAGGCAACACUAGGUUUAAUGACAUCAUGGAGGCAGGCCUUCCCAACGACUCCAUCAAACCACUCCCCCAAAGUGACAUGCAAGCCAGAAAGGAGUACAUAGUGGCCAAGUAUGUGGAGCGUCGCUACGUCCUGUGCAGACAGGAAGUGGAACCCAGCUGUGUGUAUGAUGCCGUCCGGAGACGUGACCUCACAUCCCUUCUGCAGCUGUACGCUGAGGGGGAGGACCUGGCCAAGCCACUCCCGACGCAUGAGGAGCAGAGGGAGACAGCGCUCCACCUAGCGGUGCAACAGGAGGACGGUAGCGCUCUGGCACUAGUGGACUUCCUUAUCCAGAACAGCGGCUGUCUUGAGAAGAGGACGGGUGACGGGAGCACAGCUUUACACUACAGCGCACUGCACAACAAGCCAGAGUCUCUCAAACUACUGCUCAAAGGAAAGGCUGUGCUACACACAGUGAACUCUGCGGGGGAGACAGCAUUGGACAUCGCAAGGAGACUGCAGCACUCCCAGUGUGUAGAGCUGCUGGAGCUGGCUCAGAGUGGCAAGUUUAACCCUCAGAUCCAUGUGGAGUUUGUAUGGGAGACCCCCCAGGACCUGUAUGACAGCGAGGAUGACCUGGAUGAGAGGGUCAGCCCCUUACCCAGAAGCCUUUGCUCUCCCCUACCUUUCCACGAGGGUGGGGCUGCCUUGCACUGCUCUUCUAGCAAGAGCUCUGAGAGCUCGCUGUCCUCCACGCCCCCAACCCACAGCCCGGGGCCUCCCCCACUGCCAGCCAAAGGCCUCCAGAAAGGACGCUCUGAUCCUCAAAUAGGCCCCCCCCCUCAGAGGUGCAGUUCCGCCCCUGCUGGGCAUAGCUGCCCCCCUUCCCAGCUCCGUCACAGCCCUCCCUGCCAAGGCCCAGAGGGGGGGCGGCUUCACAGUUCUCCCCAAGGACAAACAGGCCUAUUGAGGGCCCAUAGACGGCCUGGUUUCUGGGAUGGUCAGUCUGGGUCUGAGUCUGGCUCUGGUUCUGCGGCUGCUCCCCAUUCCAACUUGACAGCCACCUCUCCCCAGAACCACAUGGGACCAGUCAGUUCAGAUAAGACCACGUCGUAUCGGCGGAUCAGCAGUGGAAGCCAGGGUGUGUGUGGGGUGACAUCACCUAGCGCUGUGUCUAGCAGCCAGGAAGAACUCUACUGCAACCUGGUGGCUGGUGGCUCCUCCCCUGUCCUUCACCCCAGCUCUUCACCAAUCACUGUGCCAGCUCCACGACCUCGAAGGAAUGCCAUGGUGUCUCAGAGCAGGCCCAGACAGAAACGUGUGCGGGCGCUUGUGGACUGCAGGGCCGUCAACUCUGGCCAGCUGGCCUUCUUCAAAGACCAAGUCAUCGUGGUGACGGCCACCGAGGAUCCCCACUGGUGGGUUGGACACAUAGAAGGAGACCUUUCCAGGACUGGCUCCUUCCCAGUUAACUACGUGCAUAAGCUAGGAGACUGACCACAUAUGGACCUAGGUGGCUAGGAACUGGACCUGGGUGGCUACGAGACUGACCACACAUGGACCUGGGUGGCCAAGAGACUGACCAUAUAUGGACCCAUCCCACACCGGAACCCUAAUCCAGACCCCCCCCCCCCCCCCCCUCCCUUCAGUUCUCAUACCGAGUGGCUUUUACAGUGUUAUACAUUAAUUUGCAAAUAAACCUACCAUAUUUAUAGUA